CGCCGAAGCUGCUGCAUUCUUCGUUCGCCCCGAGGCUGACUGGAACAAACUCGAACGCUGGUUUCCCUUGCUUUCUCUCUCUCUCUCUCUCUCUCUCUCUCCUUUUUUUUUUUUUUUUUCGUCUGCAAGUCUCAGGGACGGAGGAGGGGCGCCAAGGCCCCAUGUGUGGGAGUACUGCUUCAGCUCCACAAACUUGCGCGGAUUUUGGUUACUACUUUGGCCAGUGGUUCUUCUCUGAGUUCCUCCGAAUUGUUGCAAAUUCGCCAUUGUUCCCUGGCUGCUUACAAAGUUGGAUCCGGAAUUUUUUUUCAACCGGGAGCCAUCGGUGUCGAAGUGUCUGCAAUGAACCCCGUGAAUGCUACUGCUCUCUACAUUUCCGCGAGCCGCCUAGUGCUCAACUACGACCCCGGAGACCCCAAGGCGUUUACAGAGAUUAACAGGCUCUUGCCUUACUUCCGACAGUCCCUCUCUUGCUGUGUUUGCGGACAUUUGCUACAAGAUCCUAUUGCACCCACCAACUCCACCUGCCAACAUUAUGUCUGCAAACCUUGUAAAGGCAAGAAAAUGAUGAUGAAACCUUCAUGUAGCUGGUGCAAAGACUAUGAGCAAUUUGAGGAAAACAAACAGUUAAGCAUCCUAGUGAACUGCUACAAAAAACUAUGUGAAUAUAUAACACAGACUACAUUGGCACGGGAUAUAAUAGAAGCGGUCGACUGUUCUUCUGAUAUUUUGGCUUUGCUUAAUGAUGGAUCAUUGUUUUGUGAGGAGACAGAAAAACCCUCAGAUUCAUCCUUUACUUUGUGUUUAACACAUUCCCCUUUACCUUCGACCUCAGAACCCACAGCUGAUCCUCAAGCUAGUUUAUCUCCAAUAUCUGAAAGCACCCUCAGCAUUGCUAUUGGCAGUUCUGUUAUCAAUGGUUUGCCUACUUAUAAUGGGCUUUCGAUAGAUAGAUUUGGUAUAAAUAUUCCUUCACCUGAACAUUCAAACACAAUUGAUGUAUGUAACACUGUUGACAUAAAAACCGAGGAUCUGUCCGACAGCUUGCCACCUGUCUGUGACACAGUAGCCACUGACUUAUGCUCCACAGGCAUUGAUAUCUGCAGUUUCAGUGAAGAUAUAAAACCUGGUGAUUCUUUAUUACUGAGUGUUGAGGAAGUGCUUCGCAGCUUAGAAACUGUUUCAAAUACAGAGGUUUGUUGCCCUAAUUUGCAGCCCAACUUGGAAGCCACUGUAUCCAAUGGACCUUUUCUGCAGCUUUCUUCCCAAUCUCUUAGCCAUAAUGUUUUUAUGUCCACCAGCCCUGCACUUCAUGGGUUAUCAUGUACGGCAGCAACUCCGAAAGUAGCAAAAUUGAAUAGAAAACGAUCCAGAUCAGAAAGUGACAGUGAGAAGGUUCAGCCACUUCCAAUUUCUACUAUUAUCCGAGGCCCAACGUUGGGGGCAUCUGCUCCUGUGACAGUGAAACGAGAGAGCAAAAUUUCUCUUCAACCUAUAGCAACUGUUCCCAAUGGAGGCACAACACCCAAAAUCAGCAAAACUGUACUUUUAUCUACUAAAAGCAUGAAAAAGAGUCAUGAACAUGGAUCCAAGAAAUCUCACUCUAAAACCAAGCCAGGUAUUCUUAAAAAAGACAAAACAGUAAAGGAAAAGAUUCCUAGUCACCAUUUUAUGCCAGGAAGUCCUACCAAGACUGUGUAUAAAAAACCCCAGGAAAAGAAAGGGUGUAAAUGUGGGCGUGCUACUCAAAAUCCAAGUGUUCUUACAUGCCGCGGCCAACGCUGCCCUUGCUACUCUAACCGCAAAGCCUGCUUAGAUUGUAUAUGUCGUGGCUGCCAAAACUCCUAUAUGGCCAAUGGGGAGAAGAAGCUGGAGGCAUUUGCUGUGCCAGAAAAGGCCUUGGAGCAGACCAGGCUCACUUUGGGCAUUAAUGUGACUAGCAUUGCUGUACGCAAUGCUAGUACCAGCACCAGUGUAAUUAAUGUCACAGGGUCCCCAGUAACAACGUUUUUAGCUGCCAGUACACAUGAUGAUAAAAGUUUGGAUGAAGCUAUAGACAUGAGAUUCGACUGUUAAAUCAGUGGGUCUUUAAACCUACCUCUGGUAGGGAAAUAGCUACAGUUUUACGGCAGCUAUGGUUUUGUUGGUUUAACUUGCCGGAGCUCCUGCAUAUAGAUCACUUGUAUCAAGUGUUUUCAUUGCUAAGUUAUAUGUGUUAGUGUCGGGGAAAUAGUUUGCAGAUAAUGGAGGAGUAACCCUACAACUAUAUGUCCUUAGUUCUUACAGAACCUCAUAGUUUGAGAACAAAUGCUGAUGCAACUGAUUUAUACAAAAUGAACUUUGGCAAGGAAAAUAACAUUAACCUCAUUGUUUAUGGUCAUGCUUUGUGCAUAAUCAAAGUUUAUGAUUAAAGUGUAAGGAAGUGGUAUCUAGUCAGUCCAUAAAGAUUGUGCUAAUAUUUUGUGAAAAAGUAGCCAUUAGUUUGUUCAGGAGACUCAGUGCUGCCUUCAGAUGCUAUUGAUGUUUCUCCUGUUGAAAAGCUGAUGUGUCCAGCUCAACCUUUGUGCUGAUGUAAUACCAUUUCUGAUCAUGAAAAUUGGCUACUGGUGUAUGUAGCAGUUCUUAAAUCAGCAGUAUUAUGAAAGAAAAUUUGCCCCUCAUUAGAAUGUUGAAAUCUGUCUUUUAAAAAGUGAACAAACUGAAAUUCUGUCAGACUGCAGAUGUUUAGCUGUUUAUGCUAUAGAACUCUUCUGAGUUGAGUCCCUUUUAUAGUUCACGUCUGACUCAUUUCUAGGAAAAAAUUUGAAAUCCUUCCUUCACUUUUAGCAAUGUUAUGAUUAGAUAAAUGAAGUGGAGAAGAGCAGUUUUAUUCUGAAGGUAAUUGAAUUUAGAUUAUAAAAUGUGACAAUUUUUAAAAAAAUUAUAAAAAUUUUUAUUUAGAAGUUGGGAUUUAUUUAAAAUAAUUUUGGAAUAAUGCCCCCAAACUUAACCAGAUUUAUGCAUUGUAUUUAUUGCUAUUGGCCACUUCUUUGAUUUUUUUUUUUUGUUCCUCUGAUAGUUUCAUCCUUUAUUUUGAAUAUGCCCCUUCUCUUUUCUUUCUUUCUCUUUCGGUGCUAUUUGUUAUGAAGGCUUCUUUAUAGAGGCCAAAUAAAAAUGCCUUUUUAUGAAGCCUGUGCAUUUAGGUAGGUUUGAAGCUAGGAGGUUGUUUUUUUUUUUUUUUAGAAUGCUCUUUUGCAUGUAAAGCACAAACUGUGUUUCAGUUUAAAUGCAUGUCUUCCCUUUAAUUUUUAUGGGGGAGACAAGUACAAACAUUCUGUUGAAGGGAAAUCUAGUCAGUUGCUUGAAAAGAGCACAGCCCAAACAAAACAAGGACUGACUAGGUUGUAAAGAAAUGACCUUAUGAUUUAAAAGAAGAAUUGCUGCUUUGACAGUGCUUAUUUAAAGAAAAAUACUGCUGGAAAAUUUCCAAUUUCUACUACGUUCACCAUCUCUGAUGAGAUCUGACAUGUUGAAGUUAUGUUUUGAUUUGGCACACAGCAUGUUCAAUGAUGGUUACUCACCUAGUACAAGACAUGGAGAAGAAACCUUUGGACACAGAGCAGAUGACACCUCCUUCUGUUUUGUAGUGUAUCCUGGUGUCAUUUUCUGUGAAUGUGGUCAGGUAGAGUUGUUUUUGUUGUUGUUGGGCCUUUUUUUUUUUUUUUUUUUUUUUUUUGUCUCUUUUGGUGGGGUGGGGGUGGGCUAAAGCCAUAGGAAGAAAAUGUGAUGUAUGUGUCCAGUAUGUACUAUUUUGUUUUUGUUUUGCAAGAAGAGUUGAACUAUUUUUGAUAACAAGAGUAAAUGGUGGAAAAUGCUUCUUAGUUGUCUUGUCUUUAUUUGCUUUCCAAGUUUUGGAAUUUUAUUUAAUUCCUCUAAGUGUUAGCAGUGUCUUAUGCAACAUGUAUUUGCCUAAAGUUUGUAACAGUUUUGUGUUGAACUCAGAUGCCCUGCUAUAUAAACUUGUAAACCUGUUCUUUAUUCACUAAUGAUCACUGCAAAAAUGACUAGAACUGAGAUUGUACACAUGGAUGAUUAGGAUAUAUUUUGCAAAUCUCCCAAACUUUCCUAAUAUUAUGAUCUUAAAAUUCAUAGAAUACUUUAUUGCUUCCCAAGUUUGAUAAUUUUAGUUUUGUGUUUUUUGAUGCAUGGGAGGUUGGCAAUAUAGACAAAGCGGAAAUCAUUAGUAUGUGAGGGCCUUGAUUGUUAUGUAAUAUUGCCAAUGAUGAAUUCAGGUUGUUUUUAGCACAAGUUUCUCUUUUUUAUGCUGGUAUUCUCACUGCCACAUUUUUGGAAACCUGUAUUACACCUUAAUUCUAUCAAUAAAUGUUAGUUUUCUAA